AUUCAUAAACGGAUAUGAUGAACCAGCGCUGAAUGCAUCGGAGCGGCAACAACAGACAGCCCUGACCAUGGCGGAAGAAGACGACGCUAAGAUCCGGAUUUUACAGAGUCUGCGGGGGAAAAUAUGUGAAGCUAAGAACCUUGGUCCGGUCUCAGGUCAGAACCGUCAGAGGGAUCUAUGUACGUUUUGCACCAUAAGUCUGGAUCAGGAGGAAGUGUUCCGCACCAAAGUGUUCGACAAAUCUGGCAGCCCUUUCUAUGGAGAGGAUUUUUACUUUGAGAUCCCGCGGCCAUUUCAGUUUUUAUCCUUCUACGUUUAUGCCAAGGGGGUUUUUCAGAGGGACUUACCAGUCGGCAAGGUGUCGAUCCGGAAGGACGAUCUGUGUAAAUACAGCGGAAAGGAGCACUGGUUUAGCCUGCAGCCUGUAGAUCCCAACUCGGAAGUUCAGGGUAAAGUUCACCUGGAGAUGCGGUUGAAUGAAGUGAUCACAGAGAACGGCUCCAUAGGUCAACAUUUACUAGUCCGAAUAAUUGAGUGCAAGGAGCUGCCUUUGAUCAGUGGCCAGAACUGCGACCCCUAUGCCACAGUGUCGCUCGUCGGGCCUGCCAGGUCAGACCAAAAGAAAACUAAAGUCAAGAAGAAAACGAGCAACCCCUGCUUUGAAGAAACCUUCUUCUUUGAGGUGACGCGGUCCAGCAGCUACUCCAAAAAGUCUCAUUUUCAAGUGGAGGAGGAGGACAUAGAAAAGCUGGAGAUCAAGGUGGACCUGUGGAAUAGUGAAAACCUGGCUCAGGAUGUGUUUCUGGGGGAAACCAGAGUCCCUGUUAAGGUGCUGCGAAACGAUCUCGCCCACAAAGCUUGGUACCUUCUCCAGCCCAAAGGGAACGGCAGCAAGUCCAAAUUUGACGACUUGGGAUCGCUGCGGCUGAAGCUGACCUACAUCGAGGACAUGGUGCUGCCAUCUUCCUGCUACAAACCGCUCUGCAACCUGCUGCUGAAAUCCCCAGACGUGAAGCCAAUCUCAGCAUCAGCAGCACACAUCCUGGGGGACAUCUGCAGGGAGCGAUAUGAAGUUGUUCUGCCGAUGGUCCGACUACUGCUUUACCACAAUCGCUUUGUGCCUUUUGUUUCUGCUGUGGCAGCGCUGGAGCUGGACAACACUCAGGAGGCUAACACUAUAUUUCGCGGCAACUCGCUGGCAACGCGCUGCAUCGACGACAUGAUGAAGAUUGUGGGAAAGAGUUACCUCGCUGUUACCCUGAAGCCUGUAAUAGAUGAGAUUUGUGAAUCCAACAAAACUUGUGAAAUAGACCCAAUUAAACUAAAGGAAGGAGACAAUGUGGAGGUCAAUAAGGAAAACCUUCAGGGUUACGUCCAGAAAGUUUUUUCUUCAAUCACCCAGUCCAGUUCCAGCUGCCCCCCUCUCAUGUGUGACGUCUUCAGGUCUUUAAGGCAACUGGCGUGCAAACGCUUCCCAGGUGACCCACACGUUCAGUAUUCGGCCGUCAGCAGCUUUGUGUUCCUGCGCUUUUUCGCCGUGGCUGUUCUUUCUCCACACUCUUUCCAGCUUCGUUCCCAUCACCCCGAUCCAGAAAUUUCCCGCACUCUCACCCUCAUCUCUAAAACCAUCCAGACUCUGGGCAGCUGGGGCAGUUUGUCCAAAAAACUGUCCAGCUUUAAAGAAACGUAUAUGUAUGACUUCUUCAAAUCAUUCCAAGAGGAAAAGUGCAUUGAAAAAGUUAAAAAGUUUCUUGAUGAAAUCUCCUCCAACAUCAGCAAGGAGUCCAGCGGCCUGGAGGACGCGGUGGUUCUUAAAGAAGGGGAAGUACAGAAACGCACUCAGGGGAAAAAGCGGCUCGGCAAGAAGAACUUCAAAAAGAGAUGGCUCAGAGUGACCAACAAGGAGCUCACCUACCACAAACACAAAGGGAAGGAGGCCAUCUGUAUCAUCAAUGUCAAGAACAUCCGAGCCGUGGAGAAGCUGGAUGAAAGUGCCUUUAACCGUAAAAACAUGUUCCAGGUGGUGCACUCGGAGAAGCCUUUGUACGUCCAGGCGGGAAACUGCGUGGAGGCCAGCGAGUGGCUGGAGAUCCUGGGUCAGGUCAGCCGCUGCAACGAAGGGCGGCUGGCCACCUUUCACCCGUCCAACUACACGGGCGGAGCCUGGCAGUGCUGCAAGAGUCAGAGCAGCAGCGCUCCGGGCUGCAAGCCCUGCACAACCACCAUGCUGGCCAACCUGCAGCUGGACAUCGACUGUGACCGGGAGGCAGAGAGACUUUUCUCCUAUCUCUCCUCAAACGACGUCAAGCUCCACAACAUGGAGGAUGCCUGUGCCAGCAUGGCCGUGUACCAGGGCCCCCAGCGAGAGCCGGAGGAGUACUCCAAGUUCACCAUCCAGGAACCCAAAGAGACUUUUCAGACACUCAAACAACUUCGGAACAUCAUGGAGGAGCUGCAGAGGCAGCACAACAUCCGCAGCGACACCACCGCACAAUACGGCAGCCUUGACAACCCUAUUGUAGGAAGAACCUCCUAACCAGAGGAGUGGGUGUGGCUUAAGCAGCCACGCCGCGGGUCUCUGAACUGUCCUUAAGGAGCCCCGCCCCAUCAGAGGAGGCGCCUCCAUGACAGAAACCCUCCGAGGUGAAGAGGAGCGACCGAGCCCUGCAGAGGCUCUCAGACACAGGCGGUUCCUGAUCUCCUCUCUGUGUCCGCUUCCUGGUCCGGCAGCGGCGUGGCGGAGGCGUCAUCUGAUGGUGUAUGAAUAGGCUGCUAUUUCCUGUUUUUAUUCACUCGGUUUGACAUCAACAGCUGUGAAAAUCCCUAGUUUCUAACAUCCAGCUCUUUCUCCUUAAACGUUGGAGUUUCUGGACUCCGUGACCUUUCCCCCCAGUCUCUGUGUUUCCUCCCGAACCAACCUUUUCUGUAUGUAUGUAUAUAGAAAUAUAUAUAUAUAAAGACAUAUGUACAUUUGAGUAGAUAAAACCAGUCUGCCUUA